GGAGGGUGUGCGCUCUCCUGGGAAGGGAGCUUUGAUCGGCGCGGCGCGCGCAGAGAGCCGGGCCAGGGCGGGCGCUGGUCGGACCGCCGCAGGCUGGUGGUUCGAGCACCGGAGACGGCACGAGUGACUAUCUGCUGCGGGGUCGUCGCUGAGCGCUCUCGCCUCACGGUGUAUUUGCAUGUGAAUGGGGCGCGGAGCGCUGCUCUACACCCCCUUUUAAACUUUGUUUCCGCGUCCGGAGGAGCGCAGUGGGGGCGGCCGCCUCUGGCCUGGGUCCCCCAGUCUCAGGAGAAAUGUGAAGCGCAGCGGGGGCGCGUGCAUUUGGAGUGUCCCGCUCUGCCUGGCGACCGGGUCGCCGUUUCGUCUGGCUUUUCCUUCCCCGGCCUUUUCCCGGCUCGCGCCCCCUUUGUGCGCGCCCACCCGGGCUGGGAUGAUGAUCGCCAACACCCGGGGCUUCCUGUGGUCAGACCUGGAGACGCGAGCCCUGCUGGGCAUCUGGGGCGAAGCGGGCGUGCAGUCGGCGCUGGACGGCAACUUUCGGAACAGCCAUGUGUACCGGGACGUGGCGCGCAGGCUUGCCCAGGUGGGCUUCGAGCGGACCCCGGAGCAGUGCCGCGUCCGCAUCAAGGGCUUGAAGCGCCAGUAUUACCAGGCGAAGGACGGGCUCCCCAAGGGCGGGCCUGCGCGCAAGGUCUGCAAGUUCUUCGACGACAUGGACCGUAUCCUGGGCGCCCGGGCUGCCGCCGGGGGCCCCGCGCACCCCCGGGGAGGCCCCACGCCUGGAGACGCGGCCUGCCGGGACCAGGCGGCUGAGAAGGGCUUGACCGGCCAGGGCUCCUCGUUCGCCCAGCGUCCGGUCAAGGUAGAGCGUGCGCCCUUUGCCAUCCCGGUGCCACCUGGUGAUGGUGAGUGCAGCCCUGGGCCAGGGCGUGUGUGUGGGCGCGCGCACUCUCGGGGAUGGUUACCCCAAGAGAUCACUGUGACCCAGAGGGUUAUCCAGGCACCCCAAAGACUCUCAUGCCUGACCUUGGCUGUUGGGCUGUAGAAUUCCCCAGGGUCAGUCCCUGGACUCUGAGAUGCUUUUCAAAUGGGAUGAACUAUAUAAGAAUUUAGGUAUAAACUGAACACGCAGAUUCUAAUUGUUUGGGGGCCCCAUACCUCUCCACGUGACUUCCAGUUUCCUUCUACUCUGUAAAUAUUAAUUUAUCAAGUAUCUUUUAUGCAGCUGGAUAGCUUACGUGUGGUAGUAUCUCUCACGACGUGGAGAGAUUGCCGUUAUCCACCUUUGUAUAGAAGACAAGUGGAGCCCUGUGGUGCAGUGGUUAAAGCGCUCAGCUGCUAACUGAAAGGUGGGCGGUUUGAACCCAGCAGCUCCAGUGGAGAAAGAUGUGGCAGUCUGCUUUGGUAAAGAUUUACAGCUUUGGAAAUCCUAUGGGGCAGUUCUGCUCUGUCCCUCAGGGUCCCUAUGAGUCGGAAUCAACUCCACGACAGCGAGUUUUGAUUUGGUUUGUCUUAAAUUCACACACUUAAUGAUUGGUCAGCAAGAUUUUUCUUUGAACUUGUUUGAGGUGUCAUUAUAAGACUGUGUUGCUAAGCGUUUGCCAGAAAGUAGCAUUCUAGAUCACUGACUUCCCACCCCAAGUUUUAGGGGGUGCCAGAGUGUAUCUCGGUUAGCUUUAGGACUUCUCUGACAUGCUAAAUUGGUUAUAAAUUCACAUUAAUUUAAAGCACCUUUGGCACCGUGAUGACAAUACACAGAGCUGUAACUGACAAGUCUAAAAAACAGCUCAGACUAAGAAAUCCCUGUAAUUCUCUAGGUUCCUCGACUAGAUGUCUUUAAAACAAACAAAAACCAGACACACCUGACCUGUUUUUCCAGACUCAGAAUUGUUGUAAAGAUGAAGCUACUUAAUAGGGUGAAUUUUAAGUUGCCUCUUGUCAAGGCCUUUUUACCCUUUAGAACACUGCUGUUUAUAUUUAAACAAUUCAGUGGCUAAGUCCAAAUGGUGUCUAUCAGUAAACCACCUGCAACUUCUGAUUUACUAAGCCCUGUGGUUAGGUGCUGUCAGUGGAUUUCGACUCAUCGCAACCCCACGCGACAGAGUAGAACUGCCCCAUGAGGUUUUCUAGGCUGUAAAUCUUUUCAGCA